AUGGUCUGUCACUACAAUUAUAACAGCAAGGAUCACGCCUCUACUUCUAUCGAUUCAUCGCUAUCGCCAUCGCGUACUGAAUUAUCCACGCGUUCAUCAACACAAUCAUAUACUUCAUCCAUUAUUAGGAACUAUUGCAUUGACAAUAAUCCUUCCUAUGACCAAGAUUUUCCUUGGUUGUGGAAUAAAUCGCAAACGUCGUUUAACCAGAGUAGCAUCCUUUCCUCAAUAUCCUCCGAUAUACAUACAAUAAGACGAUUCAAUACAGAUGUCAUUUCUUCGAACAAUAUUCAUACAUUUACCACAAAGUCAAUGCAAAAGAAAUGGCGUCCAUGGACAACACACAAAAUAUGGUUGAUGCUUGCUAAUACACUGCUUUUCAUCUAUGGACUUGCAUGCUUCAUGCUAGGUAUAUGUACCUACUGUAAACUAUAUCUACGAGCUAUUAUAUUUCUGAUCGGGGAAAGAACGCUAGCGAACUUAAUAACAAUCACGGGCUGUAUCUGUUUAUGUACCUCGCUACUUGGCUAUACUGGUAUCGUAUUACACCAUCGUCCUAUUUUAGCCAUUUAUAAUCUUUUGCUAUGGAUAUGCUUGGGCUUUAUAGCAAGUAUCGGCUACUAUUCUUAUCGUAGAAUGAAAUGGAACAUUGAGGGCAAGUUAUCUUAUCAAUGGCAUUAUCAGUUAAGCUCUCAAGAUAGGGCUACUAUCCAAGCCAAUUUGCAUUGCUGUGGAUACAAAAUUUAUUCUGAUUUCCAUGAAACUUCUAACAAGUGCUACCCUCGCACGCUUUAUCCUGGCUGCCGAUCCAAAUAUCUGAAUCUCAUUAAAGGCCUGUUAAAGAACGCCUGGACCAUUGCAUUUAGCAUUGUGCCUGUGCAUCUGGCAAUAUUGAUAUCGGCUUUACUUUGUUCUAACCAUGUAAAUAAUACGUUUGGAAAAGGAUUGCCACCAUACUUAUAUCAUGUGAAUUACAAUGUGGCAAUGGCACCCAUCAGUUCUGUUGACGUAGCGCACUAUGAUGACAGUACAACCACAAAGAGCGAUUCUUCCAUAAGAAGACGUGCUUAUUAA